AUGUCGCAGAAUGGAGCUCUGGAAAAACUGGACAAUGCUGCUUGUAUAGAUGCGUACACGAAAACGUACCAGAAUUCCUACGUCAAUGUCUUGUUGGUGACGGAUACGCCGCAUAAUAAAAGUGAGUACAAAUAUGUUGGCUAUCAAGAAGUAUAUAGGCCUGUUACUGGAUCACCGUUCACGUGGAUAUGUCCGAAUGAUUAUGAGGAGGCUACCAAAUGCCAAUCCAAACUACUGAGUACCAAACCCGAAGUAGUAGCUGGUAACUGGGAAGUACUGGCUCAACCGAUAAAAUACUGUCUCGCGGAGGUUGCACAGCCUCACUGCAAGCUUCAGUACAGCUUACCGUUGACGGUUGUUGUCAUGGUGUUUAUCCUCGUGAAAGUGAUUACUAUAUGCUACGUUGCUGUUACAAUUCAUACCCCAAUCUUGACAGUUGGGGACGCUAUCGCCUCCUUUCUUGAAAAGCCUGACACCACUGUACGAGGGAAAUGCUUACUUUCGAUGAAGGAUCUCACUGGACCUUCAACCUUCUGUGCUUUUCUCCUAUAUAUCGGGAUGAGUUCCGUGUCAAAUAAAACAGGAAUUUGGACCGCCGGUCUGCAAGCACUCGAUUUCCGCACACUGAUAAGCACGAAUUUCUGGCCUACAUCAUUGAUAGCCAAUACACUGAUAGCAAAUUUACCACAGCUUGUUUAUUCGCUCAUAUAUUUUGCUUAUAACGGCAUACUCACAGCCAUGACCAUGUCUGCAGAAUGGAGUCAAUAUGCAACACAGCGAAAAGGAUUACGAGUGUCUGCUGCACCGAAUGCAGCACAACGAAGCAAAUACUUCCUCUCAUUGCCUUACCGUUAUGCUAUCCCACUUAUGACCACAUCGGGCAUAUUACAUUGGCUCAUAUCUCAAAGUUUUUUCCUAGUGGGGAUUGAAGCAUAUGACCAGAACCUCCAGCGUGACCCUGCAUCAGACAUCAGUGUUUGCGGCUAUUCACCGAUUGCUAUUGUCUGUAGCAUCUCCCUUGGCACAGCAAUGAUUUCUUGCUUGGUUGGUUUAGGAUUCAAGCCAUUCAAGUCUGCUAUGCCGGUUGCGGGGAGCUGCAGCCUAGCCAUUGCUGCUGCGUGUUUCCCUGAUCCUGGAACAUAUGAUCCCGAGAAACAGGCUGGGUCAACCCCAGACAUCGCAUGUUUGGCACUGAAAUGGGGGGUUGUGCUUUUGGAUGAAAGCUCAGUUGGUCAUUGCGCGUUCUCGAGCAAGGAUGUUACUAUGCCUGUAAAUGGGGAGGUAUACCAUUGA